UAUCUGUGGGUUAUGACAGCGCCCAAAUUCACCGGCAACACUACAGACGCUCCGAAGCCUGCGCAGAACAAAUGGGUCGUUCUGGGAGCGUGCUUCGCCAUCAACUUCAUCAGCAGCGCUCUCUUUCGGAAUGCUGCGCUCUUCUACCCGUCAAUUAUGGACACUUUCCUGGUCACCAGAGAACGGGCUGCAUUGCCGCUCUUCGUCUACGGAGGCUGUUUCCAUCUCGGAGCGCUUCUAGGAGGCACUGUAAUCCAGGUCCUCACUGUCUGGGCAGCAGCAGUUGCCGGCGGUGUCCUGCUCAGCGCCACUUUCAUAGCGUCCUCCUUCGCCAACGGAACAGAUUUCCUCACAGCUGUACUUGGUGUCCUAGGUGGCACUGGGCAAGGAAUCAUCUUCAACUGCAGCGUGGUCGGUCUUGCGGACUACUUUUCCUCGCGGCGAGGACUCGCACUGGGUGUCGUGAUGACGGGAGCUCCCGCGGCGUCAUUUAUAUUUCCCGCAAUAUUCGACUACGCCCUCGAGGAGCACGGGCUACGCGGCACACUGCUACUCACGGGAGCAUGCAUGCUCAACAUUCCAGCAUUCGGAUUCCUGCUUCGCACUCGUCUUCCCAAUACCACGGAAGAAACGUGCCGACAGUGGGAAGCCGCUGAAUCAACGACAAAGCCGAAAUUGUCGCCCCGCUCAAGAGCACAUCGUACUGACAAACACGGCUCCCUGCCCGCUGUUUGCCAAAGCGUGGACAGCCUCUCGCAAAGCAAUGACCUCGGGCACGGGACCGACAGAAACAAGCAGCAUAUUGAAGAGCGGCCUGAACAACAAUUUUUUAUUUGGAACCUUAAGUCCUCAUCCAAGGGCUAG